GACUGUGAGCUGGACGGAAUGACACUGAUACUUGCCGGUGAUCCGGAUCUAUACGAUGGCCGAAUAUUUGUCCGUGGUCAGACCGAGAAUCCACUUUGCUCUAGGAAACUCAACUCCCUGCUUUCCAACGGAAGUGAUUAUCAGUUCGCAAUACUAUAUGCCCACUGCAAUGUGCGAUUCGAGCAACCGGAUACAAUAGCAGUGACGAUAGUUAUCCAGCGGCACCCGAUGUUUAUCACUCAACGAGCCGAUGCUUAUGAUGUUCGAUGUACAUAUCCAAUUGGCGUUCGAAAGGUUCUUUUCUUAUUCAAAAUUGUGAAAGUGGCAAGUCAUGUUGAUAUAUCAGAGCUAGCGACCACCAAUACAAUCGUGGAAAAGGGCGUUGGCCCGUCGUGUUCGCUGACAGUGACCAAUGAACAGGAUCAGAUGGUUGACACAGCAACCGUCGGUGAAGUUCUCAAGCUUGUCCUCGCCGUACAACCAAAUGACACAUAUGCAAUCCUGCCACGGAAUUGUUACGCAAUAAAUUUGGAAACCAGCGAGCUAUAUUCGCUGACGGAUCAAGCUGGCUGUGCCAUUGACCCAAAACUGUUCCCCGAAUGGAUGUAUCUACAUUCUUGGCUUGCCGUCGCCAUCUUCAACAUAUUCAAGUGGCCAGAUCACUCAAUGAUUCGUUUUCAGUGUGAUUGCUCUGCGUACAUUGAAAGUAGCCCCAAGGUUUGCUUGUAG